AUGUCUGCCAAAACAGCCAACGGCAAUGGGAGGAAGAGGGCCUCUCCCGCCGUCAACUUGAUUGCCGGUGGUGGUGCCGGUAUGAUGGAAGCUCUUGUCUGCCACCCUCUGGAUACUAUCAAGGUCCGCAUGCAGCUCUCGCGGAGAGCGACCGCCCCCGGUGCCAAGCCCCGUGGCUUUGUGGCCACCGGUGCGGAGAUUGUGCGUCGUGAGACUGCCCUCGGUCUAUACAAGGGUCUCGGCGCCGUGCUGGGAGGUAUUAUUCCGAAGAUGGCCAUUCGAUUCACCUCCUACGAGUCGUACAAAGGAGCUCUGGCGGAUGAGGAUGGCAACGUGACCAGCAAGGCCACUUUCCUAGCUGGUCUCGCUGCGGGUGUGACCGAAGCCGUGGCCGUCGUCAACCCCAUGGAAGUCGUCAAGAUUCGUCUGCAAGCACAGCACCACAGUUUGGCCGAUCCCCUUGACACUCCCAAGUACCGCAGUGCGCCCCACGCCCUGUUCACCGUGAUCAAAGAAGAAGGCUUCAGUGCUUUGUACCGUGGUGUCUCCUUGACGGCCCUGCGACAAGGAACCAACCAGGCCGCCAAUUUCACCGCAUACACCGAGCUCAAGGCCGCGCUUCAGCGCGCCCAGCCCGAGUACAGUAACUCCCAGCUGCCCUCCUACCAGACCACCCUCAUCGGUCUCAUCUCCGGUGCCGUCGGCCCCUUCUCCAACGCCCCCAUCGAUACCAUCAAGACUCGUCUCCAAAAAACCCGCGCCGAGCCCGGCCAGUCUGCCGUUACUCGUAUCCUGGUGAUCGCGAAGGACAUGUUCAAGACCGAGGGUGCCCGCGCCUUCUACAAGGGUAUCACUCCCCGUGUGAUGCGUGUGGCUCCUGGCCAGGCCGUCACUUUCACAGUGUAUGAGUUCCUCAAGGGCAAGCUUGAAAAGUCCAAUUGGGCUUUCGUCGGCGGUUCAUUUGAGGAGUAA